CUCUCUCUCUAAAAGCACACGAAAGAUACUGCAAAGAGAGGAGGAACGAACAAGGUCUCAUUUUUGGAAUUUGUGAAGAAAAAAACCUAAUUUAUUGUCGUUGUUGUUAUUGUUGUUCUUCCAAGUAGAGAGAGAGAGAGAGAGAGAGCAUUUCGAUUACGACACCAGCGAAAUCAAGGUGUAAAGGUAGCGCGGAAUUCGUGGAUUUUUGAUUGAUUUGAUGGGUUCUGCUAUGGUAUGGAAAUUGAAGGGUAGAAUUCAUAGCACAGCUGGGGUUAGAAUAUAGAUAGUAGGAGAUAUGGCACCAGCAGGCAAGCUAGAUAAGAAAGCUGCAUCAGAUGCUGGUGCAUGGUUGUUCAAUGUUGUCACCUCUGUCGGAAUCAUCAUGGUUAACAAGGCCUUAAUGGCUAGAUAUGGCUUUAGUUUUGCUACAACAUUGACCGGGCUGCAUUUUGCCACCACAACGCUAAUGACUGCAGUAUUAAGAUGCAUGGGACAUAUUCAGCCCACCCAUCUACCGCUCCCUGAGCUAGUAAAGUUUGUAUUUUUUGCGAACCUAUCAAUUGUAGGGAUGAACGUGAGUCUAAUGUGGAACUCUGUUGGAUUCUAUCAGAUUGCCAAGCUUUGUAUGAUCCCGGUUUCAUGCCUUCUCGAAGUUCUAUAUGACAAGGUUCGUUACUCGAGAGACACAAAGCUAAGUAUAGUGGUGGUUCUCAUUGGUGUUGCUGUUUGCACUGUUACUGAUGUGAGUGUGAAUACUAAAGGUCUCAUAGCAGCGAUAAUAGCUGUUUGGAGCACUGCUUUGCAACAAUAUUAUGUCCAUUACCUUCAAAGGAAGUACUCUUUUGGAUCGUUCAACCUCUUGGGUCAUACUGCUCCAGCUCAGGCAGGAUCAUUGAUGUUACUAGGGCCCUUUGUGGAUUACUUGUUGACUAGCAAAAGAGUGGAUGCUUUCGACUAUAAUUCAAUGGCGGUGUUCUUCAUCAUCCUGUCAUGCAGCAUCGCAGUAGGGACCAAUCUAAGCCAAUUUAUCUGCAUCGGAAGAUUCACAGCCGUGUCUUUUCAAGUCCUUGGUCAUAUGAAGACCAUUCUCGUCUUAAUUUUGGGAUUCAUCUUCUUCGGGAAAGAGGGCCUCAAUCUUCAUGUGGUUCUCGGCAUGAUCUUGGCGGUGGUCGGCAUGAUCUGGUACGGAAGCGCGUCAUCAAAACCGGGGGGAAAAGAGCGGCGUAGUUAUUCAUUGCCCACCGUCCAUAAGCACAGGACGCCGUCGGGCGAGGAAGAGCUUGACGAAAAGGUCUAGACCAGAUAAUAUUUGAGGUUCUUUUUCCUCGUCGACCGAGAUUUUUAAUAUUCACAAAUAGGCCAUUCUUAGCGCACGAUUACUUUAGCGAUCUUCAGAGAGGUUAGUUGCUUCUUUGAUCUUUCUUUUCCUUACAUUUUAGUACUCCUUGAGGAAUGCAGGCAGAUACAGUGCAAAUUUCCUCUCGGAAACUUUUCUUUUCUUUUCUUUUCUUUUUUUUUUUUCUCUCUUUUGUCCUUUAUUCAUAUCUGUAGUAUUAUUUUCACGUCUAGCCGCCAUAUGAAAUUGAACGGUGCAAUAUUUCAUUCAAUAACAGCCAUUCCUUAAAAACAAGGUGGAAAGAAAGAGCUUCUUAGCUUGCGAAUC